AUGGAGCGGACGUCAUAUAAGUUCCGCAACAGACAAAAGCAACUAGAGAUUGGAUUUUUUUGGUAUAAAGUUCCGUCAAAGGCGACUUCCAGGUCGAAAGGAGGUGAACUAAGAUGGACUCCGGAACCUGCCAGCUACAUAAACUGCCCAAUGAAUACACAGCAACAUUAUCGGCAGCUGACAAGCAAAAGCCCAUAUUCCCUAUACUUGUGUAUCGGCCGGAAAGGCCUGAUAUUUGAGACGGUGGUCAGGUUGUCUAACGAAUAG